AUAAGUCAAGUUCACCACCAACCAUAUGGUUCCCAACGCCCAUUUAGGCACCAUUCCUUUUCCGAGUCAGCUGUUUCCUUCUUAAGGUUCGAGUGCCACAAUUCAUUUAUUCCAUCUCGUUUCCCCACCAUCAUCUGUGUGGAAAGAGCACCAUGGCCGCCGUCCAAGAAAAAGACAACGUUCAUGGCGUCCCAUCCGUCCCCAGACACGGUUCAGGCAGUUCUUCUCCAGUGUACAACGAGAAGAGGGAUCUUCCCUUGUCUGAAUCAGAGGAGGUAGACGAGACGUAUGACGACCACGAUGUCACCAAACCUUUCCCGAUCGACCCGGAGGAAAUCGAAGAGACACAUCAGCUUACUGUUAGGGCUCUUGUCGUUGGCUCUGCCCUGGGUGCUGUAGUCGGCGCAUCCAACAUCUACCUUGGGUUAAAGACCGGGUUCACUUUUGGUCCCCAGCUCUUUGGUGCACUGUUCGGAUAUGCCAUCUUGAAGCCCUUGUCGAAAGCUAUCCCGGAAUCAGGUUUAAUAGGACGCUUCUUCGGAGGCUCCUUUGGACCGAAGGAAAACUGUACAGUUCAAACUGCUGCCACUGCUGCCGGGGGUCUCGGUAUUCUUUUCGUGGGCGCAUUCCCAGCGAUGUAUCGGCUCGGACUUUGGUCGGCGGACCCUGCACAAGACAUUGGUAAAAUUAUCGCCCUCACGGUCUGCGCGGGAUUCUUCGGGAUUUUCUUCGUCAUCCCUCUUCGAAGGUACUACAUUGUUUAUCAGAAAUUGACAUUCCCAACACCGGCUGCAACUGCGUACACAAUCCGCUCGUUGCACAAGGGAAAAUCAGCAGCCCUCAUCGCUCGCAAAAAGUCUUUGGCCCUGCUAUACACCUUCGUUGCAUGCUUUUGCUUCAGAGUCGUCGCGGGUUAUGCGCCUGGUGUUAUCUUCGACUGGCAUAUUGGUUGGACUCUCUCCCGCAUCGGGUUCACCAGCAUCAUUGCCCUUGACAACUAUGGAUGGUGGAUUGAAUUUACUCCUGCCUUCUUUGGUGCUGGAAUGCUGAGUGGUCUCAAUGCCAGUUGGAGUUUUUUCUUCGGAACUAUCCUCGCCUGGGGCGUAAUCUCUCCUUCCUUGGUAAAGAAUGGGUUGGCCGUGGAUGCUCCUGCCAGCGACACCUUCCCUGAACUGAGGACGGUCAUGUCCCUUAGCUUCAAUUCAGCAACCAACAACUUCGCCACUGCACCAUCUCCACGUUACUGGUUACUCUGGCCCGGUGUGCUUAUCAUGUUACUGUACUCUUUCGCCGACAUUUUCUGUGGCUUGCUUCCAUUUGUUCUAUCUAUGCGCGGCAACUUCGCGAACAAUGUCAUGUCAAUUUUUAGAAAGAGUGGUGAACUCAACCCCGAAGAUGAAGAUCAGACACCGAUGGAAGACCGAGUGCCCACCCUGUGGUGGACUGUCGGUCUUGCCCUGAGUACCGUCAUGUCCUGUGCCAUCCUCGCUACUAUGUUCCCUCUCAACGUCGGCGAUGCUAUAUUGGCUCUGCUCCUUGGUUUCAUUUUUUCCUUCAUCGCCGUCCAAUCCUCUGGUGCCACUGACGUCAAUCCCGUUUCCACUGUGGCGAAGGCUUCGCAACUCAUCUUUGGAGGUAUCUCUAAGGGUCUUGGAAUGGAGAUCAAGCCAGCACAGAACUUCAACUUGGUCGCUGGUGUCGUCUCCGGUGGUGCUGCUGCCCAAUCAUCCGAUAUGUGUGGUGACCUCAAGACAGGCUACCUCUUACGGGCGAAACCACGCAACCAAUUCAUCGCUCAGCUCGUGGGCUCCGUUGUCGCCGUCUUCUUGAACUCCGGGCUGUUCCUCUUGUUCACCAAGGCUGCUCCCUGUAUUAUUGCUGCUGACCAGACUGGUCACUGUACAUACGGUGCACCGUCCGUGUCUGCAUGGGCUGCCGUCGCGACUGCUGUCACGUCCCCCAAGCUUCCCAUCCCCAAGUCGUCCGGCUUCACUGCCAUCGCACUCUCUCUAACGGCUGUCGUAUCUGUCUGCAUUAAGCACUGGUUCAUCCCCAAGAAAUACUGGCACUAUGUCCCAAACUGGAACGCCAUCGGUCUCGGAUUCGUCGUGCCGCAGACGUACUAUUCCAUUGCCAUGGCCGUUGGUUCUGUGGCCAACUACAUCUGGUUGAAGCGUAGCCCCAAGACCUUCGAUCUGUACAUGUUUGCCAUCGCUGCUGGUCUUCUUGCAGGAGAAGGUCUCGGUGGUGUAUUCAAUGCUCUGCUAGCUGUUAUCGGUGUCGAUGGUGGCAAAUUUGGUACCGCCAUUGGCUGUCCGGGUAAUGAGUACUGUGGGUAAUCGUAACACUCCCGUCACCUUGUUAGGGUUAUAGUUGUAGUUGCGCUUUGUUUCUUGUACUAUGUAGUAGCAACGGGUUUCUGUUUUUUUC